UAAUAAUAACCUAAAAUGAGUUUGCGUCCUGCGCGACACAAGAGAGACACACCAGAAGCGACGCCACAACCUGAAAACCUAAAAACGUGGUGGCUUAAAUUGAAGCGUGUUCACAACGUUAGGUUUCUGGAAUAAGUUAAACCGUAGUGGUAGAGACAUGGGUUUACCAAGAGUAUUCUUCGACAUGACCGCCGAUGGCCAACCGGUGGGUCGCAUCGUCAUCGAGUUGCGUUCAGACGUUGUUCCAAAAACUGCGGAGAACUUCCGUGCCCUGUGCACUGGAGAGAAGGGCUUUGGCUACAAAGGCUCAAUAUUCCACAGAGUCAUUCCCAAUUUCAUGUGCCAGGGUGGGGAUUUCACCGAUGGCAAUGGUAGAGGUGGAAAAUCAAUCUAUGGAAGAACAUUCGACGAUGAGAACUUCCAGCUGAAGCACACUGGACCUGGAAUUCUUUCAAUGGCUAAUGCUGGAAAAAAUACCAAUGGAUCCCAGUUCUUCAUCACCACAGUGAAGACAACAUGGCUGGACAAUGCCCACGUUGUCUUUGGUUCUGUUGUGGAGGGUCUGGAUGUGGUUAAACAACUUGAGGGCAUGGGGUCACACGGUGGCGCCACAACCAAGAAAAUUAUCAUCGCUGAUUGUGGACAAUUGUCUUAAUGGAAUGGAAGAGUUGAAGCACUGCAUUUAAAUAAUUCUUUCUUUCGAUUAAAACAGUUAAAUAAAAGAUUAAUUAUUGGAAACCACAGUUCAUGUCAUUCCAUGUGUCAGGAAUUGAAAGAUUUUUCGGAAUAGAUUCCAUCUUUCUACUAGACCAGUGUGAACUCUCGUCGGUGUAUUGUAUAUUGAAUUUAUUCUUCAUCGAAAUUCUGGAAUAAAUAGACAAACAGCGA